GAUUUGUGUCAUUCUAGCCGCUUGUUCUACAUCAAGAUGCAGGAUCUGCUAUGGCUUGUAAUUAUAUUAUGCAGCUGUCUAGGAGGAUAUACCAAGCCAAAUGAAUUCGUGAAACGCGUUAAGAAAUGUCCAUCAAAUAAACAAGAGUGGGAGAGAGCUGUAAAAAAAUCAAGAUGUGAAUUAAUGUCAAGGAGUUAUGAAAAUAUAUACAACUAUCAUUGUUUGAAAGAUGAGUGGUUAGAUAACUGUAUAGAAGUGUGUGCACCAUCUAUCGUAAUUAUUGGCCAUUGUCCAGAAUACAAUACAGUUGGAGAUCUUAUACAAGAGAAUUUUCUUCUUGAUUGCACGAAAUUCACUGUUCCUUGUCCAAAAGUUUACAAUUCAACGGAUAUUUACAAAUAUCAGGAAUGUUAUGAAAUCACAACUGAGACAUUGGUUGAAAACAUUUUGACCCACGAUGAUAAGGAAGAGAGACAAAUUGAACAUCUUGAUUCCACAACAUUCUUACAAAGUUCAUUGCUUACAAGAGAAGAGAAUUCUAAUCUUCAAGUAUAUGAUAAUAAAUGGCGCUUUAACUGGAUUUUUGCAGUCAUUGUGGGAUUCAUUGCUUUAUUUUGUGCUGUAUUUUUCUAUCCUUUUUUCUUAAUAAAGAAAAUGUCACAUCGAUCCAAUACAAUUAAAGUGCUAUCAUGAUCGAAUUAUCGAAUAGGAUAAGGUAAAUGGAAAUGAUAAUUAUGGGAUGUACUCACACAAAGGUAAUAUCCAAAAGAAACGACUAGGAUUCCAAGGAUACUAGGAUUACAGUAUCACACUAAACUGUGCGUUUCAGUCUUUGUUGUAGAGGACAUCAUCAGGGCAUUUCACUGAAUUUACACGCUAAAACAUUCUUUAAAUAAGAGGUAGAGUUCAGCCGACGAAUUUGUUAAAACUUUCGUUAUUUUGUUCAAAAAAGUGUGCUCACUUUGAUUAACUUAAGUGUAUGGUUUGAUAGAAAAAAGUAUGUGCAGACUUUCUGUGACAUAGUGACUUUUUGAUUAUGCCUUCAUUUCUGCAAUGCUGAAUGAUCUUCAUGUGUAUUUGAAUUUGAUU